UAUUAACAAAUCAAAGUUUUGAUAUUGGUCUUGAUCCAAAUCUUCAGCACAUGAAUUCCAGUGAAAAAAAUCAUCGACAACAACUUACUACAUAUGCAUUAUAUGACUGUCUCUCAAUGCAAAGAAUUAUCAUAUCGAUGAAAAAUAAUAAAUUCAAAUUUAUAUCUUCAAAUGAAAAUACUCGAUCUGUUUAUUUUGAAUUUUUACCAAUUAUAUCAAUUGAUGAUGAUGAUGAUGAUGAUAUUUUUUCAAUCGAACAACCUACUGUUCAUCAAUCAAAUAAACGAAAAUUUUAUUUUACAAAUCAUGAUAAUUCAACCAAUAAAAAUUCAUCAGAAAUUGAAACAAAUGCUCCAUCUACAGAAAUUCCUAUAAAUAAUUCUCAAUUUUCAUUAACAAAAAUUGAUUCAGUUCCAUCAUCUACUUAUGCACGAACAAAUUCACCUGAUUGGAAUUUCAUAUCAUCCAAUGAUAAUAAUCCAAUAACAAUUGAUCCAUCAAGUGAACAAUCAAUAUCUACUCAUCCACCUCAAGUACAUACAGAAUUAACAUCUGAACAAAAGAAAAAGAUCCACAAUAAAACAUGCACAUUACGUCAACGACAGCGUUGUUACAAACACGAAUUGAUCUUCAAGAACAUCGAUCGUCGAUUUACCAUCAGAAAAAUCAAAAAUAUUCUUCGACAACACAACAUCUCCUUCUAUGCUAAUGCAGUUAAUACAUCGAUAUCAAGAAAAACAAAUAAAAAACAAUUAUACCAAAACAUUAUCAUCGUCUUCAACAACAUCAACAUAAUUCUUAUCGAAAUCGUCAUUAACAUCAAUAUUAAUCUCCGAUAUAUAUUAAUAUAUUUAUUAAAACAUUUACAUUUACAUUCAUCUACGAGCAUUAAUUAACAUUAUUUCAAGUCAUUAAACAACGUACAAUAACGAUCAGAUAUUAUCAUCAUUAUUCACAAUUUACAUAUUAGAACAUUUUUCUUCAGUCUCAUUGAACUGAAUCUCAUUCUGAUACUUAAUUUUGUCUUUCAACAUUUUUGAAAAAUCUAUAUAUUUUCACUUUGUCAUUCCUCAUACGUCGUUUUGAUUUAUGUAUUUUUUUUCAUGUGAUUUUCUUUCACUUUCUAGUUUUUUCUUUUCUUUAUUGAUGAAACUGAUGAAAAUCAGAAAAGUUUUUUUUUUCUUCUCACAUUUAGUUUGUCCUCAUAUUUUUCUCUUUAUGAUCAUUAAGUUGAUUUUUGUUAACAUUAUAACAUUAUUGAUUUUUUUUUUUUUGUUGUUGUCCCUUUCGUCUUUAUCUAUAUUAAAACAUAUGUUGUUAUAAGUAUAUUCUUUGUUUUUUUCGCAUUUGGUGAAACUUGUUUUACUUUGUUUAUUAUACACUUAUACUUCAUUACUAAAAGUUAUUAUUAUUUUGUUUCUUUUUCUAAGAUUUAUACUUUAUUAUCACAUUUUGUUUUUUUUUCUAUGUAACUUCUCAUUGAUAUUAGUUAUUCAAAAAUGUGGAUAGGACACAUUUUCCUUCAAUUGGGGAGAAUGUUAGAGCGAUGUCACUAACAUAUGAUGUUGUUUCAUCUUGUCCUCCUCUUACAUAAUAUGUUUUCUUGUUUCUUUCUCUUUCUCUUUAUCUCUCUACUUUCUUUACUCUUUUCCAUCAUAUAUAUACAUAUGCUCGUAUUGUUAUUGAUUCAUUCCUUAUGAUUAUAAAAUAAAACUAAAGUGAACGUAAUCACUAACAGAAGGUGUUCACCUAUGGGACAUUUUCAGUAAUAGAGAUUUUACUCUAUGUCAAAUCCAAACCAGAAAUUCAAUGCUCUGGCUCUUAAUAGUAUUGCUCCUUGGAAGCUUUCAAGCAGUGUUUUACUCGUAGAAAAAAAAACAACAAAAAUCAAUUUAAAACAAAAAAUACUUUUGAAAAUUGAUGUUUUAUAUUUGUGGUAUUGCUCAUGAGAUUUUUUUGCUUUUAUUUCUAUCAAAUUUAGUUGUAUGCAACUCGGUAGAGAAUUGAUUGCUCAAUCUUUUGGAGAAAAAAAAUUAGUUCAAAACUAUGGAAAUGAACAGAAAUAUUAAGGAAAUACUUAGAUUGUUCUAUAUUCUAGACCAUCCAUGAUUUAUUGAUUUUCUUCGAUGAAUGUAUUUGGAACUCUUAAUUUCAAGACUAAUCUUUUUGGUAAACAAAACCAGUUUGACACUUUCGAAAUAUAACGCUAGAAUAAUGAAAUAACCUAUGAAAGUACAUUAACGAUUGAAUUUCUCCAAUGAAAACUAUAAUAGAUAUGCGGUAUUCAAUGGUCAUUGUUUCAGUUAGUCGAUUUCGUUGUCGAAAAGAAUGAACACGUGCAUGUGGUUCAUGUUAUUAUCUUUCUAAUUUAACAUCGGCAUGUACUACUCCUAAUAAUACAUGUGAUCAUCUUCAUUCUGAUUUUUCAAAUCUUAUACAAAUACAUUCUAGAGCCCGACUUGCAAUAGUGCUGAUCACAUGCCUGGUCUGUUUCUAUUACCUUCAGACAUUCAUUCUGAUGACUAUAUCGAACUAGGUCAAGUCAAAACAUAUACUCGAGAGCAACUAACUGAAUUCGAUCGAAUGAUCGUCACUUAGAUUCGAGAUCCAUCGAUGCUCAGAACUCUUGACUAUGAUGACGAACAAGAACGAGAAGUUUGUAGAAUUCGUACAUGUUAUCCUAUAGAUAGAUUUGAGUAAUAGUUCAGCAAAUCUUCAUGCAUGCUCAAUCGAAGUUGUCAGGCUUCGGAC